AUGUCGCAUAAGGAAUUUGUUGGUUUUCUUGAACGAUUCACACAAGAGAAGUGUGAAAAGCUUUAUUAUUGUAUGUCGGAUUUAGAAAUCCCAAAGGGUUUAGCAUUGAUUUCUAAUGAAGUUGAAUACCAACAGUUUAUAGAGAUUGGUUAUCAAGGUGGAGUAAACGUGCCUGUAUACAUGGACCAUUUUGGUACUAAUCUAUUAGUAUUCUCUAAUGGAGUAAGUAAGGAAAAUGAAAUUGAGGAAAAUUGUUCUGUUAUGUCAAACAUGUCAAUGGAAAUGGAAGAUGGUGUUGACCUAACUUAG